GCGAAAGCGACCUUCUUUCUCUGCAGUUUUGGAGAUUGAACACUGAACAGGAAAGGAGGCAAUAUUAUCGUCGUUUUCUUCUUCUUCCACUACUUUUAUCUCUCUCUCAUUCAGACAAUCGCAGGAGAGUGGAGUGGACAUCUGCCAUUCCUUGGCUAGCUAAAGUGUUAUGUGAGCUGCAGCCACAAUGGUGGUUGAUUGCUGACCAAAUUGUGGCUGUCAGGGAUACAAUUUUUCACAAGGACAAAAUCUGUGUUUUAACAUGCUGAAUUUUGAUCAUGCAUGGUUGAUUGAGGGACUUAUUUGUCACCUUCACCCAUUGCAUACAUCUGAAGCAUGCCGUGCUGAAGUGCAUGUGAUUGCAGGACAUUAGUUUCUUCCUCUUUUUUUGCUCGGUGUUUGUAUUCAAGUGAACGUGCUUCAGGCAUGAAAAUAUUCAGUGGAUGGCAUCGUUUUGUUUUUGGUCUUGCUUUGAUUUUCCUCCUUACUCAUCUGUUUUCUGUCAGGGAACUGCACACAAACUCAAAAAUGGAGGAACCCCCCCGCAAGCAACUAAACAAGAAAUUGGAUCAUCUGGUUCUUGGUCCUGCAGCUGGACAAGGCUUGUCAAAUCGUUUGCAAUGUCAAGGGACAAAAGCACUUAAUAGGAUCCAUUCUUCUAACAGCAGAUCAGGCGUAGAUGGAAGUAUCACAUUUGUCACUGUCUUCACCAUUUAUAAUUCUUCUCUCAAUGAUGUAGACGAUAAAUCAUCAAAUACAGUUGUUGGCAAUGCUUCAUAUAAUAAGUUUGGCAGGUCCACGGCUUUGUUGAAUGUCUUCAUUAACUUCAUUCAGGUCACAAUGCCCCAGAGCAAAGUGAUUAUUCUGACCGAUCCAGUGUCUGACCUUUCAGUGCUACGAAAUGGGGUAUCUCUGUACCCUAUAGAAGGUGAAUAUUCACGAGACAAGUUGAUGCUCCAAAGGAUCAGGUCUUACAUUACCUUUUUAGAAACAAGGCUCCAGAAUCUUUCUCAGAAGCCAAAAAAUAUCACUCAUUACAUCUUCACUGAUUCUGAUAUAGCAGUGGUUGAUGAUUUACGGCAGAUUUUUCGUGACCAUCCUAAUUUUCAUGUGGCUCUGACCUUUAGGAACAAUAAGGCUCAACCUUUGAAUUCAGGAUUCAUUGCAGUAAGGGGUACCCCGGAAGCAAUUUUAAGGGCAAAGCUUUUCCUACAAGAGGUCUUGAAAGUUUACAGCACAAAAUAUAGAAAUGCUUCCCGCAUGCUGGGUGAUCAAUUAGCUCUUGCUUGGGUAGUGAAGUCAAAACCUCAUUUUGAUGCCAGCAGGUUUGGCAAAGCACUUGCUUUCUCUGAAGAUAUUGGGGGUACCUCAGUAGUGUUCUUACCUUGUUCUUUGUACAAUUGGACUCCACCUGAGGGUGCUGGUCAAUUUCAUGGCAUGCCAUUGGAUGCUAAGGUUGUUCAUUUUAAAGGAUCAAGAAAACGUCUAAUGCUCGAAUCUUGGAACUUUUAUUCCUCAUCUCUUGAGGUUUCAGACAUGUUAUGUCUCAUUUUGGGAAGUGGGAGAACCAAAUAUGAUUUUUGAGAAUUUUAAUCCUGAAAUGGUUCACUUAUCAUAUAUAUAUAUAUAUAUAUAUGCAGCAGCUUGUGGCAUUAACGGCUCCAUAUCUUAGUACAGAAAAAACUCAGCCAUAACCUUUUUUUGAUUGGCAAUAUGGUAUUGACAGCUGCAAACUAAAGGGCAGGAACUGGACCCUUGGAUGAGUUGAUUUAUUCUUCUACUUUGGGAGAGUUCUUUUCAGAAGGUGCAAUUUACCCGUUCCACCAUAUGAAGAGCAUGUGGAAUGUGAUGUUAUUGUUUUGAAAUGGUACAGUGGUAUGUACAUUGUUGUGCAGUUUGAAAGGAUAUUUAAUGAGUCUGAAUUGCUUCCAAAUGACCCAUCUGGUUGGAUUUGAUUGACCGACCAUUAAUAUUAUAGGUCACUUAACGUGGUUGAACCACCCAUCCAUUGUUGAACUCACAAUGAAGGUCGCUUGUUUCCAUCAGCAUGUGAUAUUGGAACAGCAAGGGCAACUGAAAAAUUAGUAUACUUAAUAACAUAAUGUUAUAAUUAGAUAGAUAGACAGACAGACAGACAGACAGAGAGAUAGAUAGAGAGAUAAAGAGAGGAAAUUCACUUCCUCGUGAGUAAGUCUAAGAAGUUACUCUUAAUAUGAACCUUCUAUUUUAUUUUGCACCAAUGGUUAAGAUUAAUCUGCUAGCUCCCCUCACGUGACUUCUCAAACCUACCAGAUAUUCUUGUUUUGCUAUUUCUUCCUCACGAGUAGACCAGUAGCUCCCUCCGUUUACCUCAUCGCAAAGAGCAAACAUGGUGAAUUAAUAAAUUAAUUUGAAAUUGGGUGAUCCAAUAAAUCAUGGGCAAAGUUGCCAAGAAAACAAUAACUCCUUGAAAAUAUGGUGAAGAAAAGAUAUCUGCACAAUUCUUAAGGAUAGCUUCAAUGUCCUUAACAGUAACCCAACACUGAUGGUUACAAAUAGCACAAGAACCACUCAGAAUUCCAACUUAAGGCUUUGAGUACUGAGCAAACUGAUCAGACCCAUUGUUUGUUCAAUGUUCAAGGUGUCUAACAUUGUUUCCAGCUACAAGUCUUCUUUAUAUAGAGCUCCUGAGAAGGUAUUCGUUGUGAGAUAGAGAGCUUCAUCAUACUUCCUGUUCUGAUUCUUUAUACGUUUUUUCAGGUAACAUGUAUCGAUCAAAGCGAUUAGAUAGAAAAGGUUUCAUAUUACUAUGUGCAAUAAAUGAUAGUAGAAUAGGAAUGGCUUCUAGUCCAACUAAGAAGCAAAAUUUUAAGUGAAACUGAUACAUUCUUCUUGUGAGUAACUUGGCCUAUAUGAUAAUUUAUCCAUACUGGUAAAUUAUCUUGAAAGAGACACAUUGGUAUUUUAUUUAUAAAAAUGAUCAAUCAUUCUUG